AUGGAACGUGAUGAUGAAAAAAUCCCUUCCGAAGUGUGGCAACAUCUCAUCUUUCCCUUCAUUGAUGGGUUUUCAUUGAUGAGAGGAUGUUUUUAUGUUUCAAAGAAUUGGUCACUGAUGGUUUCAGAGAUGAGGAAUUGCAGUUUAAUUGUAGAUAAGAAGAAUGUGCAUAAUCGAAUCUUGAAAAGAAUUUGUAAUCAUUUGCCAAUCAUGCAUGUUACCGCUUUGGAUAUGUCAUACAAUAUUUUCGAUAAGAAUAGCAUUGAAACUUUGAAGAAUGGAAAGAAUCUGAAAUUGGAACAAUUGAAUUCCUUGCAUUUGGUGUAUAAUAAUAUAGGAUUGGAAGUAUUAACCCCAUUGUUGGAAUGCAAUGUAUUGAAUAAUUUAACUCGAUUGAAUUUGGACUCUAAUAUUGUACAUGAUGGCCUGAAAUACUUGUUGGAGUGUAAAAAUUUGAGAAAUUUAGAAUAUCUAAUUGUGAAGAACAAUGCCAUGACCAAUAUUCGUAAAACACAAAUAGAAUCAAAUAAUAAUUUUCCAAAAUUGACCUACCUGGAUAUUUCCUCAAAUACCAUUGGAGCAUAUGGUACCAAACUUUUAUCAGAUUCUGGAAUACUCAAUAAUUUACAAACACUCAAUAUUUCAUACAAUUUACUAAGAAAUGGUGCCAAGUAUUUGGGUAGAAAUUCUACAUUUAUGGAGAACGUCACCCACUUGGACUUGAGUAAUAACAAUUUGAAAGUGGAAGGAUUAACACAACUACUUAAAUUUCUCAAAUCUAGCAAACUGAAGAUACUAAACCUCUCAAACAAUAAUAUUGGAAAUGAUGGAAUUUCAAAAUUAAUCGAGUGCACUCAUUUAAAGAGUUUGGAAAAACUAUCACUCAUUGAAAAUGAUAUUGGUGCUCAAGGAGUUAACCUACUUGCCAAUACACCAUUCGAAAAUCUGACCUUCCUCAAUCUGAAUAGAAAUCCAAUCAGCCACAAUUCAAGAAAUCUCUUUCAACCAAACAAUUUUCCCAAGCUCAAAGAAAUCAAACUUUCCAAAGAAGUUGCGAUAAAACAAGCUUCAAAUUAUGAAUCCUAUGCAUUCAUUUAUUCAAGAAAUAAAUACCGAUAG